GAAGGGCGUGGGGGGGCACGAGACCAUCUGCAAGCAAGAGGAGAAAGGGUAGAGCAGUCAGCGCGCGAGGGAGGGUCGAGAAGAAAUCGCCGGAGAUGGGCACCACUCCACGAAGAUGGGCGGCGACGGCGGGGGUUCUGCCUCCCCUGCUUCUUCUCUUCGCCGUGCUCUUCUGGAGCCCGGCGGCGGCGGCGUACGACGACGCUCGGGGUGCCGGCGUGACGGACCUGCAGAAGCACGCGGCCUUCUUCGACGGCGACGGCGACGGCGUCGUCUCCUUAUCCGAGACGUACCAAGCGUUUCGGGCCCUUGGAUUCGGAGUUGGCAUGUCCAGCAUCAGUGCUGCCUUCAUCAAUGGCGCCCUUGGUUCCAAGACCAGACCUGAAAACGCGACGUCAUCGCACUUGGAUAUCUACAUAGAGAACAUCCACAAAGGGAUCCAUGGAAGUGAUACAGGCUCAUAUGACGCUGAAGGAAGGUUCGUUCCUGAAAAGUUCGACGAGAUAUUCACCAAGAACGCAAAAACUGUACCUGACGCUCUAACAUCAGAUGAGAUUGAUGCGCUGCUCCUUGCGAACAGAGAGCCUGGUGACUACGAAGGAUGGGUUGGAGCAACGUCGGAGUGGAAGAUCCUGUACAGCCUUGGCAAGGACAAGGACGGCCUCCUUCGCAAGGACGUCGCGAGAGGCGCCUACGACGGGAGCCUGUUUCACCAGUUGGUGCAGGAGAGGGCAUCUGGUGACAAGUAACAACUGGACUGAGAGGAGUCUCGUCUUACUUACUGGUACAAGCAAAUUCGAUUAGGAUAAGGGCUGCACCGUGAACAUGCCGUCCAGCAACUUGCAUUAGCCGUGUGAACAAGUGUGAACAGAAUCUGCAGGUAGGAGGGCUGCGCUGUGAACAUGCCGUCAAGCAUUGCAUUAACCGUGUGAACAAGUGUGAACAGAAUCUGCAGGUAGGACGAGUGUGAACAGUCUCGGUGCGAUCUGCUUGUUUGUUUGACACUUCUCCCCCCGUGAUCGAUGCUUGUCUCUGUUCUGUCAUUAUUGCAAUCGAGCCCGUUUUGAGUCUGUUUGUUUGA